AUGGCGGAUUUGAACACCAGUCUGCAACAAGCAGAAAACGGCUAUGGAGUUUUGUUAUACUACAAGUACUUCAGCAGCUCCAUCUCCGACCUUGAAGAACUCUACGAUUUUUACAACUCCAACUGCACUACUCUCUCCCUCAUCGGCCGGGUCCGGCUCUCUCCUAAUGGCGUCAACGUUACGGUGGGUGGGAAGAUGUCAGCUUUGGAGGAGCAUAUUGAGGCUGUGAAGCUGAAGGGUAGUUUGUUUGAUGGGACUGAUUUCAAGCUUGCUUCUUGUUCUGAACCUUUGAAUGAUAAGGUUGCAAGCGAGUGCGGUUUCACAUCUCUAUCAAUUCGAAUUGUGAAGGAAUUAGUGACAUUGAGUUCACAUCCUCUCUUGAGCACACCAGAUGUUUCAAAGGCUGGAAGACAUCUUUCCGCAGUUGAGUUUCAUUCCAUUCUUCAAGAUGCCGGGAAAGUUCAAGAAGAAACGAAUUCCACAUCUAGCGAGAAUGUAGUCCUCCUUGAUGCAAGGAACUUAUAUGAAACAAGAAUUGGCAAAUUCCAGACGUCAGAUGUGGAAACUUUGGAUCCACAAAUUAGACAGUAUAGUGAUCUUCCAUCCUGGAUAGAUGACAAUGUGGAGCAACUGCGAGGUAACCGAAUUCUUAUGUAUUGCACUGGAGGAAUAAGGUGUGAGAUGGCUUCAGCAUAUAUCAAGUCUAAAGGUGCAGGCUUUGAAAAUGUAUUUCAGUUGUAUGGUGGCAUCCAGCGUUACUUGGAACAAUUUCCUGAUGGUGGCUUCUUCAAAGGAAAGAAUUUUGUUUUUGACCACAGAGUAGCAGUAGGGAGCUCAGAUUCGAAUAUUCUGGGUGCCUGCCUUUUAUGUGGCUCUUCAUACGAUGACUAUUCUUCUCGCUGCCGCUGCAAGUUCUGCAGGAUGCUUGUGUUAGUCUGUACGGCAUGCCAGAAAAAGAAUUCUUCAUACACUUGUGAGCUCUGUCAGAGAAGUGGCAAGUCUGUUGAAACAAUCACAGACAUCGAAGAUGAUAGAUCAGAAUGUCAGGGACAGGCUGAAAUGAGAAAUCUUAGUUCUUCAACUCAAGUAAAAGAUUCAAUUCCUACUGGAUUGUUAAAUGGUUCAUGCCCCGCGAGGAAGUUGAAAAUUCUAUGCUUGCAUGGUUUUCGGCAGAAUGCUUCUGGUUUCAAAGGAAGAUCAGGAUCACUGGCCAAGAAGCUGAAAUCUUUGGCUGAACUUGUCUUUGUUGAUGCACCUCAUGAGUUGCCUUUUAUUUAUCAGACUUGUAUCUCUAGAGAAACUAAUGGUGAUACACCGUCCUCUCAUCCAAGUCCUCCAAAGCUAUGCAAUAAAAAGUUCGCAUGGUUGGUUGGUCCUGAAGAGCACAAGAAGAAAGAUGGUUGGACAUCAGUGGACACUCCAUUUGACUUGCUGCAGUACCGACAACAGACACAAGGUUUUGAUGUUUCACUUGCUUAUUUGAAGACUGUAUUUUCCCAAUCUGGGCCAUUCGAUGGAAUCUUGGGGUUUUCUCAAGGAGCAGCGAUGGCGGCAUUAGUUUGUAGUCAAUUAGGGAAGCUCAGGGGAUCAAUCGAUAUCAGAUUUGUGAUAUUAAGCUCUGGAUUUUCCAUAAACAUGGAGAAUUUCGAGAAAGGCUCGAUUAACUUUCCUUCACUUCAUAUAUAUGGCAACACCAAAGGCGGAGACAGACAGAUCAACACGCAAGCCAGCAGAGAACUUGCUUCCCUGUUUGAAGGUGGUUGCGCUGAGAUCAUAGAGCACGACUCUGGCCACAUAAUUCCUACACAAAUGCCUCAUAUUGAGAAAUUCAAAAAUUUUCUUCGGCGUUUUCUCUAA